CAUCAUUUCUACUCCAGGAUGGACAAGGAUGGUAAGAAGCCCAAGACUUAUGUGUCCACUUUCCGACUGGACCUCAAGCCUGCUAAGCCCUGGUGUGCGGGGAGACAUGCAGGAAAUGGACUGGAUACCAGUAAAAGGAUGGACAUGGGAAACAGCAAACUGGGAAACUCAAGUUCAACAGAUUCCAAACAAAUGCCGAUCCAGGCCGCUGAGGCACCUCACUUCAAAGAAGCUCUCCAGGACCGUACGGCCUCAGAGGGAAGUGAUGCUGCAUUUCAAGGUGUUAUCACAGGAAGUCAGCCUUUAAACAUUUCCUGGCUACACAAUGGUAAGGGGGUGCAUUCAAGAAAGACUUCCUUCGAAAGUGGUGUUGCCAGCCUGUCUGUGGUUGGAUGUUUACCAGGAGAUGCUGGGAUUUACACUUGUGUAGCUGAAAAUACAGCUGGGAAACAGUCGAGCAGUGCUGUGUUACAUGUUACAGCUGGCACAGGAACAAAGGAAAUCCCCACGACAAAUGACCGCAAGCUGCCAAGGGAGCUCAAAUGCAGUCAUGUGGAAACUGAAAACACUCAAGGGUCCACAGCUUCUACAGGACUGAGCCAAGACAGGGAUGAAAAAGAGAAAGAUAUCACCACUCAGGUCUCUGCUGACAAAGGAGCUCCUGUGGAGUUUGUGGACUCCCCAGAGCAGAUAGAGGUUCGAGUGGGCGAGCAGGCCAGGCUGAACUGUGUGUUCAGGAGCAGCUGUACCCCUGUGGCCUGCUGCUGGAUUUACAACAGAGAGAAGGAAGUGGUGGGUGGACUUCGGACAUCUGUCACGAGCAGCGAGACACAGAGCAGUGUGGAAAUUUCGCAGGCCUGUCCAGAAGACACAGGCUCCUACACUGUCGUAGUACGAAACCGCAGAGGCUCUGCCCAGCAUACAAUCUCCCUCAGUGUCAUAGAUCGCCCCCAUCCCCCAGCGUCCCAUCCCGUUGUCUCCCAGCUGUCCACCAAGUCCCUGGUCCUGUCCUGGACGGGUCCCAGUUACGACGGGGGCACCGCUAUCUCAGGCUACAUAAUAGAGGUCAGGCAAGAGGGCCUUGACAAGCCUGGGAACUGGACAGAGGUGACAAGCCGCUGUAAGAACACAUCCUAUAAGGUCCGCUCAGGCCUUGAGCCCCUGGGGGAGUACCGCUUCCGUGUCAGGGCCUGCAACUCUGCUGGUGUCAGCGAACCCAGCGAGGAGUCUGACAGCGUCAAGAUGGCGACUGCAAAGCAGAAAGAGGAGCCCCAGUCGUACGUGACGGUGACGAUUGACACCACACACAAGGUCAAGGACCACUACAGCGUGCAUGAGAAGCUGGGAGUUGGUAAGUUUGGCCAGGUGUUCCGGCUGUCCCAUAAAGAGACAGGCCAGGUGUGUGCAGGGAAAUUCUACCGUGCCCGCAGCAAAAAGGAGAAAGUGGCAGCCCGCAAUGAGAUUGAACUGAUGAACUGCCUUCACCACCCCAAACUGGUCCAGUGUCUGGCUGCCUAUGACACGCCCUCAGAGAUUGUCAUGGUCUUGGAGUACAUCGCUGGCGGCGAGCUCUUUGAACGCAUCGUGGAUGACAACUUUGAGCACACAGAGCCCACCAGUGCCCGCUACAUGCAGCAGAUCCUGGAGGGCAUGCAGUACGUUCACAAGCAGAACAUCGUCCACCUGGACCUCAAGCCAGAAAACAUUGUGUGUGUGGACACCACUGGCACACGGAUCAAGAUCAUCGACUUUGGCUUGGCGAGUAAACUGGAGUCCGGUAAACCUCUGAUGGUGAUGCACGGGACGCCGGAGUUUGUGGCCCCUGAGGUGAUUAGCUAUGAGCCAGUGGGUCUGGAGACUGACAUGUGGAGCAUUGGAGUCAUCUGUUUCAUCUUGCUCAGUGGGGAGUCUCCCUUCCAGGGUAACAGUGAUGCUGAGACCUUGACCCUUGUGACCGCUGCCCGCUAUGAGUUUGACCAAGAGAGUUUUGAAGACAUCUCCGAUCAAGCGAAGGACUUUAUCAGUUCCCUGCUGAGGAAAGACCGAAGAUCCAGGCUGUCCUGUGACGAGGCCCUAGCCCACCCCUGGAUGGCUUCCUUCACGCCCCUGAGCCGCAGGCCCACCAAGUCCCUGAACAAAGAGAAGAUGAGACGCUUCCUGGCCAAACGGAAGUGGAAAAAAACUGGCAAGGCUGUUCUGGCCCUACAGCGGAUGGCCAACCUCUCUAACAGACCAGACUCUCCUGGCAGUUCCUCAGAGGAGCCAGGCUGGAGCCAAGAGGCAGAGAAGGCAAUCCAGUCCCUGGAGAAGCAGCUUCAGAGCGAGCCUUACUUCCAACAGGCCCUGAAGGACAUUACUGUACCUAAAGGAGCCACCGCUCAGCUAACAUGCCUCGUCCACGGCUACCCAGUGCCGGAGGUGGAGUGGCUUCAGAAUGAUGAGCUGGUGGUGGAGUCGUCCAGGGUGACCGUGGAGCAACAUGACGAUGGACUCUGUUCUCUGCUUCUGGCUGACCUGGGACCUUCUGACUCUGGGGUUUACACGUGCAAGGCCACCAACAAGCUGGGGGGAGCAACCUGCUCUGCCAAACUGACUGUGGAGAUGUGAGGGAACAUAACAGAGGAAACCCAGCUGGGGAGAGGACACUGGCUGGAUCUCAGCAAUGUCAAAUGGUUACCUUCAUUUAGUGGAAGACUCUUCAGGAUUUUUUUUAUAAGGCUUGGAUAAUGACACAUUCAAGUGGGACAAUUAAUUCACCCAAACAAGUGGCUGUUACUUAACUUCAUGCUAAAUACACCUGUGGUAUUCUUUGUGUGAGUGAUAAAACUUGGACACAUUCAGUGAAAACACUGUGAUUCACUAGUCACCAGAUAUUAGUGCACGUCUGGAAUCUAUUAGUAUGGUAAGCUUGUGUUCAGUUACAAAUACACAAGGGUCCUUUUAAUUUAUAUGGCGUUAUGCUGUUAUGGUUGCACUCAGCACUAUUCACUACACCAGCUAAGUUCUAUAUUUUUUUGGUAUUUUAUUGAGAUGGCUGAAAUGUAAAUGUUUUUAAUGCAUAACAUCAAUUAAAUGAAGAAUUUUAUAA